CUUAAACGCUAAACAGGGUUUUCAGUAUCUUUACGAAAACAAAUCAAAACAACUUUUGCGCGGCUUUCUGACAAUAUUCUGUGUACGACGACACUGUCUUCUUCUACUGUUCGCUUUUCUUUAUAGGCUUUCGUGUUCCCAUGCCAUUACAUUAAUGCAUUUAUUAAUUUUAUUUAUGCUUAUUCUGUCAGUUAUACUUUUAACGUACAUAAAUCCUCAGUUUUUUUUAUUGGGAAAUGAGAUGAGAGAGAGAUCAAAUCAAACAAAACAAAACACAGUGCUCAGUGCUUCACAUUUAUUGCAUUUUUCCGGUUUCACUCUUCUCUCGUCUCCCAUCGCCUAGGGUUUCUCUUCGCCUCUGCUUCUGCUGUCUCCUUUGCUAUGUUGUCACAUGCAUCUUAGCAAGUCCUCCGAACUUCAAUGCAGGAAGAUAAUGCAAGCCAAGUAAAGUAGGUGACACGGAGAGAGUUUGCCUUGUCGGUGGCUCUGAUCUCUGUAAAUGUUCAAUGCUGUCCCAGGUUUCUGCCAAAGUUUGUUUUUGAAAGGAAGGUGGUAAAGCAUGGAUUUUUUUAAGAUCAAGAAGUUCCGAAAAUCUCAGAAAGCAGAUGGGGAAAAGGAUUUGGUCGACAGGGAAGUGCCAGAGCCUGAUGAACCAAAGCCCAACACUGACGGUCCUGAUCAGUGUAAAUCGGAAAGUGCAGAUUCUGCUGGUGAAGCUGAGGAUGAUGAUGAUUUUAUCACCAAUGAGGUAAAGAGGAGGCUGAAAGAAUUGAGAAGAAACAGUUUUAUGGUGUUGAUUCCUGAAGAAGAUUCCUGUCCUGAGGAGGGGGAGGAUGAAGAGGAAGAGGGAGAGACAAGUUCAAAUGAAUGGAGGGAUGUGGAAGCAGAAGGUCAACAAUGGUGGCGUGGUUUCGAUGCCGUGUAUGAGAAGUACUGUGAAAGAAUGCUGUUCUUUGAUCGGAUGAGCUCACAGCAGCUUAAUGAAGUUGGCAAAGGUUCACAGUGCAAUUCAACGCCAUCUCCAAGAUCUGCAUCAAAAAAGCUGGCUUCUCCCCUUCGAUGUCUUUCCUUGAAAAAAUUUGAAGCACCUGAUGAUGAGACCGAACAUCUUCAACAACCUGAAAAUGAUCCUUAUCAUGAUAUUGAAACAGCAUAUGUCGGGCAAUUUUGCUUGACUUGGGAGGCACUUCAUUGUCAAUACUCUCAUAUGAGUCAGAAGAUAUCUUGGCAACAUGAAAAUCCGACGUGUUACAACCACAGUGCGCAAGAAUUUCAACAGUUCCAGGUUCUAUUACAAAGGUUUAUUGAAAAUGAACCUUUUGAGCAGGGCCUACGAGCUGAAAUUUAUGCUCGCACCAGGAACACUUUGCCUAAACUACUUCAGGUUCCUAACAUACGAGGUUCAGAUCAUGAAUUGACUGAUGAUUCAGACACAAGGGUUCUUGCUCCUGAUCUUAUCAGGAUAAUUGAAAGCUCUAUCCUUACGUUCCAUAUUUUUCUGAAAAGGGACAAGAAAAAGUCAAGUGGUGUUACCAACCUCUUUGGAAAUCAGAACCAGCUUGCAACUCCUCUACAACAGAUUCAGUCUACUCUUGAAAAGAAAGUAGUGAAGCUGAAAGAACUCCGUAGAAAGAAGAAAGGUUGGAGGAAGAAUUCUUGGCCCCAAAAGCACGAGGACAUUCAGCUAUUGCUUGGCCUUAUUGACGUGAAAAUCCUUUCAAGGGUUCUGAAAAUGACAAGGAUGACCAGAGAACAACUGUUUUGGUGUGAAGAAAAGAUGAAAAAACUGGACUUGUCAAAUUGUAGGUUAGAAAGGGAUCCAUGUCCCAUCCUCUUUCCCUGUUAG